UUGAAACCAUAGUAGUGGUGUCUAUUUCACAAACUGUAAUUGGAAUAGACAAGGCUGAUCUUGGAUGUAACGUUCAGUUGUCAAAAUCUUUUUUCACCUACUUUUUAGACUUAAUAUGGAUUUUUGAAUGUAUAACAUGUGUGCGAUAACUACAGCAAUCGGAAUGAUGGAGUGGCUGCCAUUUCUAUUAUUAUUAUUACAUUUUUGUAGCAAAGGUGUUGCAUUGAAUGAAUGUGAGAGGUGUAAAUGUUGUAAAGGUGGAAUUAACCGUUGUGAAUUUUACGGCUCGAUAACUGAUUACUGCCUAGAUGAAUGUAUUGAUGGGUAUUUUAGCAGCCGUUGCGUACACGCUUGUAAUAACUUAUGUCAAACUUGUUCAAAUAUACAGUUCUGUACAAAAUGUUUCAACGGCUACUAUGGUCCAGUUUGUCAUAAAUGUCCAGGAAACUGUACAUCGUGUACAUCGUAUAACAACUGCACAGCUUGCGAAUUUGGGAAGUAUGGAUCAUCCUGUCAACACAAUUGUGGACUUGGCUGUCGAAACCACCAAUGUGACAUUAAUAAUGGGAGAUGCACUUGCUUAUCAAAUUUUCAAGGUGAUAAAUGUGAUCAAUGUGUAAACGGUAAAUACGGUGAUAGGUGUGACACAAACUGUUCCGCAGGUUGCAUGAUUAAUUUAUGUGACAUAAAUGGUAACUGUUACAGUUGCAAGACAGGGUUUACUGGAAAAAUGUGUACUCAGUGUGUGUUUGGUAAAUAUGGAACAAAUUGUAACAUGCCAUGCCCAUCAGGUUGUAAUGGCACAUGUAAAUAUAAUGGAGACUGUCAUAGUUGUACGCCCGGCUUUACUGGAAACAGAUGUACUCAGUGUGAGUAUGGUAAAUAUGGAGCUGAUUGUAACAUUAAAUGUCCAUCUGCUUGCAGCAAUGGCACUUGCAAAGAUAAUGGAGAUUGUUAUAGAUGUAGGCCCGGGUUUACUGGAAACAGGUGUACUCAGUGUGAAUAUGGUAAAUACGGAACUGACUGUAACAUUACAUGUCCAUCAGGUUGCAAUGGCACUUGUAAAGAUAAUGGAGAGUGCCACAAUUGCAAGGCUGGAUUCACAAAAAGUAAAUGUGAUGAAUGUGUUGAAGGUAAAUAUGGAAUCAACUGUGAACAUAAUUGUCCAAAAACGUGUGCGCUCGCAACAUGCGAUAGCACAACAGGGGUGUGUAAAGAUGGCUGUAGAAUUAACUAUUAUGGUGCACAGUGUAACAUGACGUGUGUGACGACAUGCUUACCAGAUGACGAAGGCAGAAGGUGUUUUCAUACGAAUGGAAGUUGCGUAAAAGACUGUCAAAUCGGAUACCAUGGUGAUAUGUGUCAAGACCGUUGCAGCGAAAACUGCAUUAAUAUUAUUUGUGUAAGAGCAAAUGGUGCAUGUAAACUCGGCUGUGUUGGAGACUUUGAAGGAAAUGAUUGCAUGAAAG